AUGGCAAUGGCUGAAAAGAAAAAUGAGUAUCCGCCAAGCGUCGAGGCGGAUAGACGCUUGUUGCCUUUCGAAACAUGGGAAGAUUAUUUAGAUUCGCUCAUAGAAAUUGCUGAUCUCCGUAAUCUAAGGAGUAUCAACUCGGCUCGGACUAUAGCAGCUCUCGGGUAUAGAGCCAAUGGCGAUACGUUAACUGAGAAAGAGUUUUACACACGUCGAGCUGUCAUACACAGCAUAGUGUACCCUGUAGUCCGGCCGUAUGUACUGGUCAGUGAGGGGGCUAAAAUUGACGACCCUUUCAAUCGCGAGCUCGCGGUACGAGAGAGGGCGAAUAGGGUGGGAAUUCUACAGUCUGUAAUAUUCAUCCGUCACUUCACCAAAGGCGGUUUCGAAAUAUCCGGCUAUAUUGACUACGCGCAUCGGCUCCUAACAGAGGAUUGGGGGCCGUUUUUCCGAGCUAAUAAAAUGCUAUGGCCUAGAGAUAGCGAUUUAGGCUAUUAUCACUGGAGGCAUGGCACUGUCAGGAGCAACAUUAGUAGGAAUUAUAAGCCAGUUAUGGACCCAGAGAGAGGACUGUUGUUUCAAAACCGCCAUGAUCACAAAAUCAUAUGCCCCGACCCGCACCAGAACCCCGGACAAAAUACAACCAAGCAAAGAAUCUAUUCGCCGCGCUACACGCAAAUUGAAAUAUACGAUCACGUUGUUAGAAGAAAAAGU